UUACUCAUUAAUUAGAUGUCUAAUAUUAAGAAAGUUAAAGAAUGUGCAACGUAGUCCAUGAAAAAUUAUAUUACUGACGUGGUAGGUAGCGAAUGGACGUUGGUGGAUUGGCCACAUCCGUGAUUAGUUGCGCAUUGAGCUGUUAAUUAAUUUAUAUUAAAAUGGUAUUAUUAACAAUGAUAGCAAGAAUAUCAGAUGGUCUGCCAUUGGCGGCUACCAUGCAAGAAGAUGAACAGAGUGAAAGAAGUACUUUGGAAUAUCAGAAUCAAGCAAAAAUGUUAUUUAGAAAAUUAGGUUUACAGUCACCUACAAGAUGUACUAUAGAAACUGGACCAUAUCUUUUUCAUUAUUUAAUUGAAAAUGAGGUAUGUUAUUUGGUAUUAUGCGAAAGGAAUUAUAGUAAACGAAUAGCUUAUAGUUAUUUAGAAGAUAUAGCUCAAGAAUUUCAUUCUCAGUAUGGUAAACGUGUUAAUACUGUUGCUAGGCCUUAUGCUUUUAUUGAAUUUGAUACUUACAUUCAAAAAGCUAAAAAAGUUUUCUCAGAUGGUAGAUCACGUAGAAAUAUGAAUGCUCUUAACACUCAAUUGCAAGAUGUUCAAAGGAUUAUGGUUCAAAAUAUUGAUGAUGUUUUACAAAGAGGAACUGUACUUUCAGAAUUGGAUACAAAAACACAAAAUUUAUCUAUGCUAUCACAAAAAUAUAAGAAAGAUGCAGCACAUUUAAAUAGCAAAUCUAUGUAUGUCAAAGCAGUUGCUAUUCUCGUUGCAUUUCUAGUAUUUCUGUUAUACUUCUUUAUCCUUUAGUUGAUCACAAACAUAAAAAAAUGGUUUAUUCACAACAAAGUUUGUUCAAAUCUAAAAGCCAGAAAUACACUGUGUUAUCAUGAGGGUAAAAAAUGGAUUUAUGACUAUCAUCUUUGGAUUUUAUUUUUCAAAUAUAGGGAUUACACAAUUA